GACGCGGCGACGGAGGAGGAGCCCAGGAGGAACUAGGCCGUCGCCGGCGCACGACCAGGCCGACCGCAGCGAAAGGGAAGGGGACGAGCAAACGGUGGGGAAAGUUUCCAUUUUCCUUGGAUUCCUGUUUGUGGGCAGCAUGGCAGCGCGAGUCCUUGUGAUUGGCAGUGGAGGGAGAGAGCACACGCUGGCCUGGAAACUGGCACAGUCUAAUCACGUCAAACAAGUGUUGGUUGCACCGGGAAAUGCAGGAACUGCCUGCUCCAAAAAGAUUUCAAAUGCUGCCAUCUCCAUCAGCGACCACGGUGCCCUGGCCAAGUUCUGCAAAGAUGAGAAAAUUGAAUUUGUGGUUGUUGGACCAGAAGCACCUCUGGCCGCCGGAAUCGUUGGGAACCUGACAUCGGCGGGAGUGCGCUGCUUCGGCCCCACAGCAGAAGCAGCACAGUUAGAGUCCAGCAAAAGGUUUGCCAAAGAGUUUAUGGACCGGCACGGAGUCCCGACUGCACGGUGGAGGGCCUUCACCGAGCCCGAAGAGGCCUGCAGCUUCAUCCGGAGUGCGGACUUCCCGGCCUUGGUGGUGAAGGCCAGCGGCCUCGCAGCUGGGAAGGGGGUGAUCAUCGCCUCGAGCAGGGAAGAGGCCUGCGGAGCAGUCCGGCAGGUCAUGCAGGAUAAAACCUUUGGAGCAGCUGGAGAAACCGUUGUCAUUGAAGAACUUCUCGAAGGAGAAGAGGUGUCUUGUCUCUGCUUCACUGACGGGAGGACGGUGGCUCCCAUGCCCCCCGCACAGGACCACAAGCGACUGCUGGAAGGGGACCGAGGCCCCAACACAGGGGGGAUGGGCGCCUAUUGUCCGGUGCCUCAGGUUUCUAAGGAUUUGUUGCUAAAAAUUAAAAAUGCCAUUCUUCAGAGGACAGUGGACGGCAUGCAGCAGGAGGGCGUGCCGUACGCAGGUGUCCUCUAUGCUGGUAUAAUGCUGACCAAGGAUGGCCCAAAGGUUCUGGAGUUUAAUUGCCGUUUCGGUGAUCCAGAGUGCCAAGUGAUCCUCCCGCUUCUGAAAAGCGAUCUUUACGAAGUGAUUCAGUCUACCCUAGACGGGCUGCUCUGCGCCUCUCUGCCUGUUUGGCUUGAAAACCGUGCGGCUCUAACUGUUGUCAUGGCAAGUCAGGGUUAUCCAGGAGACUACGCCAAGGGCAUGGAGAUAACAGGGUUUGCCGAGGCCCAGGCUUUGGGGCUGGAGGUGUUCCACGCAGGCACCGCCCUAAAAGACGGCAAGGUGGUAACUAACGGAGGGAGAGUCCUUGCAGUGACUGCCAUCCGGGAAAACCUCAUCUGGGCCCUUGAAGAAGCCAGAAGAGGACUGGCUGCUCUCAAGUUCGAGGGUGCUGUCUACAGGAAGGACAUAGGCCACGGAGCCAUAGCGUUCCUCCAGCAGCCCAGGGGCCUGACUUACAAGGAGUCUGGGGUAGAUAUUGCAGCUGGAAAUAUGCUGGUCAAGAAAAUUAAACCUCUAGCCAAAGCCACCUCCAGACCAGGCUGUGAUGUUGAUCUUGGAGGUUUCGCUGGUCUUUGUGAUUUGCGAGCAGCCGGUUUCAAAGAUCCUCUGCUGGCCUGUGGGACAGAUGGCGUUGGCACAAAACUGAAGAUUGCCCAGCAGUGCAACAGACAUGAUACCAUCGGCCAGGACUUGGUUGCUAUGUGCGUAAAUGACAUUCUGGCACAAGGAGCAGAGCCCCUCUUCUUCCUCGAUUAUUUUUCCUGCGGGAAACUGGACCUCGGCACCGCGGAAGCUGUUGUGGCUGGAAUUGCUAAAGCGUGUGUGCAAGCCGGGUGUGCGCUCCUCGGGGGUGAGACGGCAGAAAUGCCGGACAUGUACCCUCCCGGGGAAUACGACCUGGCCGGUUUUGCCGUCGGCGCCAUGGAGCGGGACCAGCAGCUCCCCCGCCUGGAGAGGAUCGCAGAAGGGGAUGUUGUCGUUGGGGUGGCUUCAUCCGGUCUUCACAGCAACGGGUUUAGCCUCGUGAGGAAAGUCGUGGCGAAGUCUUCCCUUCGGUACUCCUCUCGGGCGCCUGACGGCUGUGGCAACCAGACCUUAGGGGACUGGCUUCUAACUCCAACCAAAAUCUACAGCCAGUCACUGUUGCCCGUGUUACGCUCAGGACAGGUCAAGGCCGUUGCCCACAUUACUGGUGGGGGAUUGCUGGAAAACAUCCCCCGAGUCCUCCCACAGAAACUUGGGGUCGACUUAGAUGCCCGCACCUGGAGGAUCCCCGCAGUCUUCUCGUGGUUGCAGCAGCAGGGACACCUCUCUGAGGAAGAGAUGGCCAGGACGUUUAACUGCGGGGUUGGCGCUGCCCUCGUGGUACCAGCGGACCUGGCAGCGCAGGUUCUGAGGGACAUCCAGCAGCGCCAGGAGGAAGCCUGGGUGAUUGGCAGGGUGGUGGCCUGCCCUGAAGGCCGUCCCCGUGUGAGGGUCAGGCACCUGAUGGAAGCCGUGCACGUGGACAGAUCGGUGCUGAAGAACGGUACAGCGAACAGUCCCUUCCCUGCCCAACCGAAACGGGCCAGAGUGGCUGUCCUAAUUUCUGGAACAGGAUCGAACCUCCAGGCUCUCAUAGACAGCACCCAGGAGCCAGGCAGCGCCGCCCGCAUCGUGGUGGUCAUCUCCAACAAAGCCGGCGUGGCCGGCCUGGACAGGGCGGCGAGAGCGGGCAUUCCCAGCAGAGUAAUCAAUCAUAAGUUGUAUAAAAGUCGUGUAGAAUUUGACACUGCAGUUGACCAAGUCCUUGAAGAGUUCUGUGCGGACUUGGUCUGCCUUGCAGGAUUCAUGAGGAUUUUAUCUGGCCCCUUUGUCAGAAAGUGGAACGGGAAAAUGCUCAAUAUCCACCCGUCCUUGCUCCCUUCUUUCCGGGGUUCAAAUGCCCACGAGCAAGCCCUGAGCGCCGGUGUCACAGUAACGGGGUGCACCGUGCACUUUGUGGCUGAAGAAGUGGAUGCUGGACAGAUCAUCUUGCAGGAAGCUGUUCCGGUGAAGAGGGGCGACACUGUUGCCAGUCUGUCUGAAAGAGUGAAGCUAGCAGAACACAGAAUCUUUCCCGCAGCCCUGCAGCUGGUGGCCAGUGGGACUGUCCAGCUUGGAGAGGACGGCAAGCUCUGUUAUGUCCAGGAGGACUGAGCUUCCCGACUCGGGAGGGAAGUCUGGCUGCUCGCACAGUGGCUUCCAACCACAUGCUCAGCUCAGAGGGAAGACUGCUAGAAGCAGAGAACCCCUCGCUACCCUCUGGCCAUUUUUUAGCGAACAAACUCAUCACAAGCAGGACCCGUGCGGCACACCCCAUGCGUGUGCGUGUUGGUACGCACUGUUGCCUGCUGUCUCUCUGGUUUUACCUGCGUACGACCUUCUCGUUCAGAACUACGCUAGUUGUUCAGGAUGCCUUUCACUUUUAGCCAAACAAGAUACCAAAGCUCUUCGUCUUUUUCACCCUCUUUUUCUGACCAAUGUCACCUCUGGUCCCAGUAGGUUUCCUCGGGCCGGACAGUUGGCCGACCACAGUGUUCCCUCAGGUUGGCUGGUCAGCAGCUGCCACCAGGUCAAGGGGAGAUUCGGGUCACCGACUCACAGAGGUCCCGUUGCUGUAAAAACAGUGUUUCGUUGGUUCUGGAGACUUUACUCGACAUUAUUUAGCACCUAGUUUUAUUUUUUUACAUAUGCUAACACUGUCCUGUGAAGUAGAUUAGAGAGUUAAAAUAUCUAAAGAAAAAUGUUGGUUUUUUAAAAUUUAUUUUUAUUGUUGUUCAA